UUAAAAGCCUAGUCUGUUAUAUAAAGACUGGGUUGUGUCUUACAAGAGAAUGACACCUCAACACCCUUCUCUGUGACAAAUCAUCAUCAAAAAAUUAAAAAAUAAAAAUACAAUAAAAAACUUUCGUGACACAUCAGCCAAAAAAAAAGUUUUGUGAAAUUACCAAUUACUUUAGUCAAACCAAAAAAAGUUUACGUGGAAGUGUCUCUUCCCUCAAUUCAAUGAUUCUUAUAUUUUCUAUGAAAAAUUCGUUGAAUUGAAACCCAAAAACUUGUACUUACAAAUGUACUACAAAAUUGAGAGAGAGAUGAAGAAGGAGACGACGAGCAUAGAUGAAUCGAUCAAAGAGCAAGUUUGACGGCAACAGCACUUUAGCCGGUGGCGGUUUCAUGCCUUCACAGACAACUACACAAUUGCCUGACUUCGCAUCGUCCUCCAAGAAACACCCAGAAUCGAAGGGUUCUCUAGAUCAGUUCUUGGCUGCCACCAUUGAUGCCGCUCAAAAAGCUGGACAAGUCAUUCGUAAAGGGUUCUACGAGACCAAACAUGUUGAACACAAAGACCAGAGGAAAAGAAACUACUGCUGCAAACGGAGUAUAUGCAACUGUCGGCAAACCCGUGUCAAUUUUAGGGAGACUAUCACUCAGCGAGCUGAGUUUGAUUAUUUACAUAAGAAGCAGAGUGGAGGAGCGGGUCAGUACGGUAGGGUUACCGGCUACUUGGAACAGUUACCGCUGGACUUUAAAGAGAAGUUUGAAUUCGAAAACAUGAUCGUUGGACAAGCGAUUCCGUCUGGUUUUAUUCCAGCAAUUGAGAAAGGUUUCAAAGAAGCUGCAAACUCGGGCUCACUAAUUGGUCACCCUGUAGAGAAUCUCAUAAUAGUAUUGACAAAUGGAGCUUCACAUGCCGUAGAUUCCGGUGAACUUGCGUUUAAAAUGGCUGCAAUAUACGCGUUCAGGCUUUGUUACACAGCGGCAAGAUCGGUGAUUCUAGAGCCUGUCAUGUUGGCUGAGUUGAAAGUACCAACAGAUUUUCAGGAUACUAAACCUGUAUCCGGAAAUGUUAGAACCGAGCUGGUAAAAUUCAUUGCUGAUAGGCAUGCCAAUCUCAUGAAACCAGCUGCUCGAUAUUAUUCUACACUUAAAGAUGCUAUAAGUGGGAAAAGAAGAUAUACGCUUGUAAAAGAUGCAGCAGACAUGGAAACAGGAGUAUAUGGCAAACAUCUUCCAUGCUUUGGUUGUGGAAUCGGGUGGUUCUCGUGAGUAUUGUUCUCCUGUUAAUUUCUUAAGACCAAUCCUGAUUUGAUCUUUCACUUAACCUUCUGAUUUCUUUUCUUGUAAUAUCACACUUUUGUGGUGCUAUACUACAUUUCUUCACUUUCCAUUUCCAUAUGUUAUCUAAAGGUUAUCAAAUUCUAAUUUAUGUCAAGCAAUUAAUUGCUUUUGUUCAGCCUAUAACAGAAUAUGUUUUAAUAAAAUUAGGAAUAAGAUUACA